CGUUGAAUUGAGAAUACAACACCGUAUCACUCUUGUGAUUAUUUCUCCCCUGUUUUCAGGGGCGUAACAAAGGCAGAGGUUGAAUAUGAGUACAGGUAGAGAGAAGGAAAGAGAGAGACAGACAUACAGAGGUAAUUUGAUCCAGCAGGAAAAUACAGACAUACAGGCAGACUAGGUCCAUAGAAAUAGGCUGUUCCAGUGUUCUGGGUGGAUAUGUGGAUAGGUAACUAACUUGGUGAUGUCACAAUGCCCCUUUACCAGGGAAGGAGAACUAGUUGUUAUAAGGGAACAUUAUGAGGUAACAUGUUGCCACGGAAACACACUUAUGUCAUAAUCUCAGACCACAUUAAAACGGUCAGACAAGCUCAGGUAGAGCGCAUUAGCUACAUUCGAACGAUCUCCCAACCUAUAACUGAUUUGAUUGAUUACAACAGUACACUACCUUGACGUGACAUGGGUCAGAGACUAAGUGACCCUGUCCCUGAGGUAUCCCAUAGGGAGAAACCAAAGGAGACACAGGAACAUAAAGAUAAACCCAAGGAGAAGAGGAUCCCUCAAGCCCUGAACUUUCUUCAGCUGUUUACACUGCUGAGCUGCAUCAAGGUGAAGAAAAGACCCUUUGAUCCCUCCCAGAGUGGUGAUGGGAGAAAGGGAACAACGAUAAACGAUACAAACAACAAUAAUGACUCUGAUACUGGCUUGGACUACUCUGCAGGUGACGUGAAAAGGAUCAAGGACAAGAGUAAAGGAAAGGUUGGGGGAGAGAAACAUAGCAUUGAAUCUCAGGACCACAAAUGCAGAACGACACAGGAAAAAGAAAAAGACAUUAAACAAAGACCUAACUCGUUCUCCCCUGAGGAGCAAGCAAAGGAGACCCAGCAGAAAGAGAAGAAGAAGAGCCUCCAUCCAGCUGUGGCGGCCCUGCAGCUGUUCACUCUCUUCUGCUGUGGUGGGAAAGUCAAGCUGAGGAAGACUCGUCCCUCUCAGAACAGACAGAGUAGAAAGGACCAGGACAAAGUUAAUGCAUCUGAUACUGGUUCAGACUUGUCUGGAGGUGAUGUUACAACCAAAAGGGUCAAGGACAAGAUUAAUGGAAAGGUGGGGAGGGAGAAAGACCGGACUGAAGUUCAGCUGUUGAAAUCAUCUCAGGACCACGAACCCGAAAAUCGAAGGACACCCCGGCAAGUGAAGACCCCUGUGGAGGAAAUUUACAUAAGACCUGACUCUCCGACUCUACCACGUGCCCACAGCUCCCUCUCUCAGUUUUCCCUGGCUCGGAACCUGGCCAUCCUCCCGCUGGAGUGGCAGCUACCCGGAGUCCCUCUGCCCACCUCGUCUAUGGCAACUAGGACAGAGAGAACGCCAUCCUCUACCAACACUUCGACACAUGCGCAGAUGGAAGCACAGACAUCAGAUAUGAACACAGACACACAGACCACUUCUACCUCUCAGAGCCAGAUCUCCAUGGUCUCAUCGGAGACCAUGAUAGAUCUUCACACGUCAGACUCCAUUACCCAGACCUCCACUCUUGACAUGGCACUGGCCCCUGAGAGCACCAAGGACAUGAUCACUACUGAUGAGGAUGUGAAGGAUGACUCUGCUAAAGAUUUGAUCUCCACCCUAACAGACACCUCUAUGGAGAAAUCCAUCAGUGAGACCAGCCUGAAAGACCUCAUCGCUGAGUAUGAAGAUGACAAUGAGCUGAAGGAUAUGGCUGCCUCCGCUACCCCUGCUACUGAUAAUGCCAAUGAGGAUGCAAUGCUGCUGGAGAUCGCAGCACUUUUUGACUGAUGGAGACCGAGCUGCCUCUGCAUCUCUGAAGAGCCAAUAGGCCUAAUGAACAUUUCAAUGUAGCAAAAGCUAUACUUUGAUCAAUUAAUAAAACAUUUUUUCUGCAGCAAAUUUCCACUACUGUUGAUAUGUGACGCAGCAUGUUUAGAUUAGACCUAUUUGUUUAAAUUCACCAAAAAUAAUAAAUAUUAC